AAACAGAAAGUUGACUUUCCUUAAAAAGAUCCAUAUACAUUAGCCAGUUAAAUGGGAAGAUUUGUGGCAGUUCAUUGAGGCGUAUAUCUAUUUAUUUUCAUUUAUCCUGGUGUGUUUAUUUGUCAAUGACUUCUUAUCAAUUUUUUCUAUGCUAAUUUAGGAUUAUGUAACGCCAUGUCAACUUAUUUUGGAAGUGGAUUCAGCAUGCAAUAUAUGCUAGCUACUCUUUUGAUUAUUUUGCCAAACCAUCUGUUCAGAAGUUACAUUUGUAGGUAAAUAUUUCUUUUUUGUGUUAAUUCGAUAAGUAAUGGAGAUCCGUGUUUUAUAUAGUCAUCUUGAAAAAUAUUUAGUUAUAUUAAUGAUUGUUUUGGACAACUUUUGUGUGAGUUACGGAAACCAGUGUUCAUUUCAAAAUGGCAAAUGUACUUAUGAAAUUAACCUGUCAAAUUCAAAUACUGAGUGCGAAUCUAAAAGAACGAAGAUUCCAAUGGCGAACGAAAACGAUAUCUACGGACAAAAUGAUGAAAAAAUGUCUCGAAUGCAGCAAGAUUUUCAUACCGUAACAGAACAACAUAAAAACAGGAUCGCGGAGUUGGAAGCUUCCGUUCAAAAACUUUUAAGAUCUGCCGUGGCUGGACCUGUUAGCCAACAAGUUAAAACAAGACGUUUGGAAGAUGACCAGGUCAUUAUUGGAACUCUCCCUCAAGGUACUAUACACCAUUCUGAAAGUGGAUUACUUAAAAAACUUUACGAUGAAUUUUCAAUUUUACGGACUCGUUUGCAUAAAAGAACAACCCAGCUUUUAGAUACAGAAGCAAAGUUGAAUGAAACCACACAUUUAUUUACUAAAACCCAAGACGAACUUCUCGAUCAGGGAGACAAACUGAUGAUUUCAGAACACAAGGUAGCGACUCUUGAGCAAGAAAGGUAUAUAUUAAAAAAUCAAGUUAAGCACACAACUGAAAAAUUUAAAGAAUUACAGAUUAGAUUCAAUGUGACUGAUUCUAAGGUAUUCGAUCUGGAAAACCAACUAUAUACAUUGGUCAGAUCGGAGUCAAAUUUAAAAGAAGAAAUUGGAACUUAUAAAUGGAAAUUGUCGCAGGUGGAAAAAGCAUAUGGAAUACUGCAAGGAAAUUAUUCAGGAUUACAACAGAAGUUACACAAGACAGAACAAACCCUACAAAAAGCUGAAUUUGAUCUAAUGGAAUGUUUCACAGCUAAAACACAGAGUUUCUGUGGUUUCGAAGAUGAUAAAGUAUGUGGGUUCACACAGGAAGAGGAAACGGAUGAUUUCGACUGGCUUAGAAACAUUGGAAGGACGCCAUCUAGUGGUACAGGACCUGAAAUGGAUCAUACAUGUGCUGAAAAGAAAAGCGGUCAUUAUAUGUUCGUUGAAGCCUCAGGAAAAAAUGACGGGAAGAAAGCCAUAAUGAUAUCUCCAAAAUAUAGAGGACUGAAGUCUCAGUGUUUAUCGUUUCACUAUCACAUGUACGGGGAACAUUGUGGGACACUUAAUGUCUACACAACAACUGACUUUGAGACUGAAUUGAAUUCUGUGUGGCGAGCAUAUGGCAAUCAAGGAAAUGUUUGGAUUAAGUCUACAUUGGAAAUACCUAAAGCUUUAGCAAGAACAGGAUAUCGGGUUAAAUUUGAGGCAGUUACUCGACUUGGUUAUAGAGGUGAUAUAUCAAUUGAUGACAUCAGCGUUGAAGAUGGAGAAUGUGGCGCCGGCGCUAUCAAAGUGCAAUACGAGAGGAACAGCACGCUAACUAUUGACAACCAUAAUCUUAGACGAUACAAAAAAUUCAAAGACAGAAUGAGCAGGCGAAGAGGUUAAUGUUGAGGAUGAAGCAUCUGGGAAUAUUAACAGGUGUCAAACAUACAAAAUUAUUUUUGCGGUGCGUCUUUGAACCGUUUCUUCAAAGCAUGAGGAUGUUGUAUCAGAUCAACAGAUUGUUGUAGAAAAAUGUAUGUUCGUCUGACAAGUGGAACAGAAUACAUGAUGGUUGUGCAUAAAGACGAAUGACUGUUAUGAAUAUAUGAUGUCACUUACAUGUAGCCUUUAAGUGAUUCUUUGUUUAUUCGAUAAAUCAUAUUCACAACUAAAUUGUAAUAAGUAUAAAAACAAGGCACUAGAUCUUCCAUUGCAAUUCACUUCUUAACAGUUGUAACAGACAAAUAUGCUAUGUAAUUUGCUCCAUCCAAAGGGUGAAAAUCAAAAGUUGUAGAAAUCUUUCCUGUAAUAUAAAUAUAAUUUUACAACAAAGUGUAAAACUAUAAGUCAAUAUUUUUUUAAAACUGUAUUAUUAUCAUUAUUUCAAAAAGGUGAUUUCUGUUAUAGACAAUUUUGAUAGAAAGAGAACUCAUUAUGGAAAAUUGAAAAGAUAAACAAUUCAAUUCAUUUCAAACAGUUUUUUCAAUUUUGUACAGAAGGUCCUUCUCAUAUCGUUUAUUUAAAAUAGUCAAAAUAAGAGAAAACAGGUUGAACUAUAUUAAAACAACAUAUAUAAUUUGUUCAUAUACCUAGAAAGUGCACCAGAACAAUUUUAAGUACCACGAUGUUCAUAAGAAAAAAAAAACAUAAUAAGGGAAAUUAUCUGUUAUUGUAUACACUGCAAAUCUGUUAUUUUGUUUUAAACUUUCAGAAUUAUAAUAAAAAAAUAAUGUUGGCAAUUAACUGUACAAAAAAUAUAUAUUUUCAAAUGUGUAAAUAUAUACAAAAAAUCCUAUUUCUUAUCUGUAAGUCCCGGUGAAGUGUCACACACACCCUCUCUGUCUUUCUACAAGAAGUUCCUCUCAAAUAUAUCUAAAAAUUUAUCAAAGUGAUUGUUUUAAAAAUGGUCAGGCAUAACAAGUUAAAUAAACUUGUGAAUACAAUUUGAAACACCAGGGGAAAAUAAAAAAUAUGUAAAUCUUCUGUCAUGGAAUGUAGAUCAUGUUAAACUAACAUAUCUUUUUGAAGAAAAAAAAACAAAACAAAAACAGGCACACAAUUAUUGUAAUUUUUACCUAACUUUUAUAGGUAACAUGUACUUCAGAUGGCUUAGAUUGUUUUUUUUAUUUAAUUGUUAAUUGGAACAAUAAAAUGACAUUGAUGAUGAAGAUGGGUAAAACUAUUACUAAAUUACAAGAUUCAUGUAUAAAUUUUAGCAAACUUCCAUCUUUGAAUCACAAUAAGAGUUCAUGUGAAAAGUACACAAUCAUACGAAAUGGAUUCCUGCACUCAAGAGUCUCUGUUUACUGACUAUCGUAAAGUCCGUGUAGGUCUCAUCAUUUGAAUUGAGUCCCCACCAAUUGUUACUGUACCUCAAUACACAGGAAAGUAAUGCUAUAUUAUUGUGUUAUUGAUUAUGUUAUUUUAGACUUUUGUACUUUUUCGAGGCAUUGAGACCUUAUCAAAAUAAAUAUUAAUAUUUUUCCUAAAAUAAUCUUGAAACUUUUUUCACAACACAACAACUAGAGGGCAAACAGCAAUAUCAAUUUAUUUGUAUUUAUAAGUGAAAAAAA